AUGGUGCCUUGCGGAAGGCCCGAAAGGCAAGAGGCGGAGGAAGGAUCUAUUGAUUUGCAGCUUCAAGCCACUAGAGAAAGAUUGGCGCACCAUUUGUGCGGGGUGGUGAUGAUAAUUCGCACCUUGGUAAAGCAAACAAACCCGUUCCAAGGUGGCAAUCAUUUCCGGGCCAAACCGCCAAGUGGCAAGUGCCGCGAGAGACGCGAAGACGAAUGA